UACAGACGAUCAGGAUGAAAAAAAAGGGCGAGCGAAAAAUCCAAACUUGAGCAAACCCUUAUCCAUGACCAGACCAUCGAAACAGCGGGGAGAUCAACUGACAAGCGAAUCGUUUGCUUCAUCGGUUUUUGGCUCAGAAUAUCAAAAAUUGACAUUUGUUCUUCCUCUCCACUCCAAUCUGGCCUCGAGGUUAUCAUUCGUUCGUGUUGAUCUUGCGCCUGGCGGGUCUUCUCGGAUCGUCGUUUUCUCUUUGCUUAGAUGAGGUACUUAUGAAUCGGUUUUCAGACGAAUCCACAUGGCUUCUUGCUCUGUCCUCUGCAACAAUAGCCGGUUUCUGUUCAAGACAGGAAGUUCUCCUGACAAAUCUGGUAGGACGGUGUGUUUGAGGAGUUCUCACAAUGUUUGUCUCGCUAGAACAAAGCAUCUCCUCUGUAGUAGUUGCAAGAAACUUGGUGGGUCUCUGGAGAUUGGUGGAACCAGAUUAGGUUUUAGAUUUUAUGGUGAUUCUCGAAAUGGGUUUUCGUGUAAUAGCGAGAUUAGGCCGCUGGUGAAUGGGGAUUAUGGAGAUAACGAUUCCCGUACCGGUGAAAAUGGCAGAAACAAGGGAAUGAGGAGGAGAUUAUCACUGAGGCUACGGCCAAGAUUACGGUUACUGAGCAUGAAGCUUAAGAAGUUCGAUUUCAGGGCAUCAAUGGAUGAUUUUAGGGUUUUCUUGAGAAAGAAUAUCAGAAGAGUGAUACUGUCUACAUGUGUAGCCUUUGUUUUCGGAUUAUGUUAUACGUUCUUGAGAUUAACAGCCGUGCCAUCUCCGGCCAUUGUUCCCUACUCAGAUUUCAUCACAAAUCUCCAAGGCGGUUCAGUUUCAAAGGUUUUGCUCGAAGAGGGCUCUCGUAGAAUAUACUACAACACGGAGGAGAACGUCGAAGACGCUGAAAAGUUGCAAACUUUGGAGAAACCCGUGAUCGAAACGGAUGCUGCGGUGGAAAACGUGGCUGAAGCUAAUGCAAAAGAUGAUAGAUUACAAAGUAGAAUGCCUCUGAAGGCUGGUGGCUUCACAAUGUUUUCAAAGGCUCGGGCUUCGACCCCUGUGUGGCAGUACUCGACCAGAAAAGUAGAUCAUGACGAGAAAUUUCUGCUCAGUUUGAUGAGGGAGAAGGGAACUACUUACAGUUCGGCUCCGCAAUCUGCAUUGAUGUCUAUGAGAAACACUCUGAUAACGAUAAUUUCUCUGUGGAUUCCUCUGACACCUCUUAUGUGGCUUCUUUACCGUCAGCUCUCAGCGGCUAAUAGCCCCGCAAGAAAGAGGCGGUCUAACAAUCCUACCGUGGGAUUCGAUGAUGUCGAGGGCGUUGAUUCUGCAAAGGAAGAGCUCAUGGAGAUAGUUUCGUGUCUCCAGGGAAGUAUAAACUACAGAAAAUUAGGAGCAAGAUUACCCAGAGGAGUACUUUUGGUUGGUCCACCCGGGACUGGGAAAACCCUACUGGCUCGGGCAGUGGCUGGAGAGGCCGGAGUUCCUUUCUUUUCUGUAUCCGCGAGCGAAUUCGUGGAAAUGUUUGUCGGAAGAGGAGCAGCACGAAUCAGGGAACUUUUCAGCGUGGCCAGGAAGAAUGCACCCUCCAUCAUAUUCAUCGACGAGCUCGACGCAGUUGGAGGAAAACGUGGUAGGAGUUUCAACGAUGAACGCGACCAGACACUGAACCAGCUGCUUACAGAGAUGGAUGGAUUCGAGACAGACACGAAGGUCGUAGUCAUUGUGGCAACAAAUAGACCGGAAGCACUUGACCCGGCUCUUUGUCGUCCGGGACGCUUCUCCAGAAAGGUAGUGGUCGGAGAACCAGACCAAGAAGGUCGUCGGAAAAUCUUGGCUGUCCAUUUGAGAGAUGUCCCUCUCGAGGAAGAGACGGAUCUUCUAUGCGAUCUGGUCGCUUCUCUAACCCCUGGCUUCGUGGGUGCUGAUCUCGCCAAUAUCGUCAAUGAAUCCGCAUUGCUCGCCGCUCGUAGAGGUGGGGAAACAGUGACAAGGGAAGAUAUAAUGGAAGCCAUAGAGAGGGCUAAGUUUGGGAUCAACGAUAAGCAAGUGAGGUCGAAGACAAUAGGGAAGGAGCUCAGUAAGCUGUUUCCAUGGAUGCCUUCUUUGGUUGGGAGGAAUGAACCGGGACAAGCCGGUUUACAAGGGCCAUUGGGUUAUCAAACUCUCAGUUAAACCGAACCAAACCAAACCAAACCAAACCAACCUGUUUGAUUUUUUUUUCUCUUCCUGCCUAUGCAGAGUGCAAAUUACAUUAUACAAAUUGUUCUGUAUCCGACAGAUUCUUGGAAAUCUGAGUCAAGUUCCGCAUUCUUUCAAGGAACAGAUUCAAGAAA